UCUAACAGGCCAAGAAUUUCACGAUGGUGAUACCGCGAAUAUCGCGCAUCCUUAGCACUUUCAGCCCCUACGCUCGACGUUGGGUACCCACUCCUCCAGGUCUUCCAACAGUCAAUCAGAAUCUCACAAGCCUCUGCUUAUCGACUUGGAAUAUCGACGCCUUCUCGCCGCGGCCAGUCGCUCGUGCGUCUGCCAUUAUAGGUCGUCUUUUGACAGACCCCUCAGCUACAGGCGACAUUAUAUUUCUGCAAGAGGUUAGUCGGGAGGUCCGUGACUACCUGUUAUACGAUGAUCGCAUACGGGCCGGGUUUUUCAUUACCGAUACCGAAGACGAGAUUGCCUUUAACGCCGUACCAUUUGCGACUAUAACAUUAGUGUCUAAAGCCUGCUUUACAUCUUUUACUCCCAAGAAUGAUAUAAUAGUUACUUCCAUGGAUGCGCUUUGUACAGACGUUAUCCUACCACGGCCUAAAUCAAUUUUACCUACACAACAACGCUGGCAACACCUACGACUUAUCAACGUACAUCUUGACUCUUUAGCGUCGACGUUGCAUUAUCGAAAAGAGCAGAUGCGGAUUGUGGGGAAUAUACUGUGCCCGACUGAUGAUCAGAAGGAGAAUGGGCAGCGAAGUUUAGGGCUUAUUGCCGGAGAUUUUAAUGCUAUUAGCCAAGAUGAUCAGGAGCUUGUGGCAAGGAACGGCUUAGUAGAUGCAUGGGUUCGGUUGUAUGGUAAUAAUACAGCCAAGUCUGGUGGGUGGACUUGGGGGUAUGAGAAGCGGCAAAACAACUUGAUGCCAAGGAGGCUGGACAGAGUUGCAAUGACAGAGGGCCUAGAGCCUAUAGACAUGUAUACAACCUAUCCUGGAGUUAUAGCAAUUCCUAAGCCAGGAAAGGAGAGAGAUAGCGAGGUUCGGUGGAGUGACCACGCAGGACUGAACUGCUCCUUUCGGAUAAGUUGCUAG